UCAAAAUGAUGUAGAGAAAGUAGGUGAAAGGAACUAGCAUUUUGAAUAUUCUCCGUUUGAAUCCUAGUAACUACAAAAAUCAAGUGUUGGUGUGGGAAGCACAUGUGUAUUUUUGAGAUAUUAAAAUAUAAAAUAAAAUGGCAUUUAAAUUACAGAAUGUUUCGAAAGUAGCAUAUCGUCUUUUAACAAGCGUAGUAAAGAGCUCAAGUUUAUCGGCUUCAAGCAAAAUAGUAUGUACUGGCUUUAAAGACGUGAAUACUACAACAAGGGCUUUCACAAGAUCAUUAUGGUAUGCAUCGAACCCAGGCGGUGGAACACAAGGGAUGAACGUACCGCCUGAAAUGGGAGGAAUUGUUGGUGUUAGGGGACCAUCACAUUUAUGUGCAUGUGGGUGUGCUGGACUUCAUACAGAAGGUGACAAAGAACUUGCAAAUUUUCUUGAAAGAGAAAUAAAACUUGAAAAAAAACACCAACAGAAAGAUGCCUUGCCUGAGGUUCCAGGCUUUCAUCCAACUUUUGAUGGCGCAAAGGUUAGCUUGUCAAAAAAUGAGAAUGGAGAAGGAGUUGUGAUCUCCUUUAACAUCAAUCAUUCUGUUGAAGCUGAAGGUUCGGGCGAAGGGGAAUCAGAUGAGGAAGGACCUCUGAUGCGCUCUUAUCCUGACUUUCAUGUUGAGGUAACUAAGGAUGGCCAACCAACACUUUCACUAAGGUGUAGCUUUUCUACAGACUUGAAUGAUGGUGAGGAAGAUGAAGUUGACCAACAGGAAGAUAAAUUUAUUAUUGAUGAGGUGUCUAUCUAUAAGGAUCCAUCAAUGGAUAGUGUCUAUACUGUAGGCUCUGAAGUCAUGGAUGGGGAUUUGUAUGAUUUAUUAAUGAAUAUGUUGGAAGAGCGUGGUGUUACUGACAGCUUCACUGACACACUUUGUGAAUUUGCGACAUCCGUGGAGCACUCGCAGUACAUUCAGUUCUUGCAGAGCCUCAAAGAAAUUGCCAAAAGUUAAAGUUUGGUUCCUUAGGCCCACACUUCAGGUUAUGUUAGAAAAAAAGGUAACAAAAUAAUACCUUUAGUUCUUGAUGCAAGCAUGCAUUAUCACCAUAUAACAAUGUACUUUGUUUGAGAACAAUAACAUCGUGUUGUAGAUAAUAAUCUAUAUUAAACAAUGCAUUUCUACUUGAUGAACUCACCAUCAUAAUUAUUCAGCAUGAAUUUAAAGAAUGUUAGUUUCCCAAAUUUUACCUGAGAUGUGACCAUGAAGGUAUAUGAAUACUAGAAAAGUAUAUAUGGCUAGCAGUGGUAGCAUCGCCAAGGUUCGAAAAAUAUAUUUCAUGGAACUUUCGUCGGCAGACUAAUAGUAUCAAUUUUCCAAUCCAACCCAAGUGAUUGUAUUUGCAGUUCCUUACUAUUUUGUUGUGAAUAGCAAAAUUUGUGUAGCAAGGGGAUUACCUCUUUUAUCUUUUAUCUUACCAUGGGCUUUUAAUUCUGGACUGUCACUAGAAGCUCUUUAUGGUCACUUGGUAUGGAUCGCCUUUGAAUUCAUCCCCCUGUUUGCAAAUUUCUAGAGCCAUCACUGAUGGUAAGAUGUGAUCACACAAUUACUGAGUAAUAAGGAUAAUAAUAAUAAUAAUAAUAAUUAUUAUUAUUAUUAUUAUUAUUAUUAUUAUUAUUAUUAUUAUUAUUAUUAUUCGAAAAAUAGCUCAUCUGUGUUGGUAUUUGAAUGUACUAAAAGUUUAAACUUUUGAUCACAACACAAACAAAUUUCCUUACCUUAAUUUUUUUUAAAUUUCCUUAGUUUUACUAAUUAUUAUUAUUAUUAUUAUUAUUAUUAUUAUUAUUAUUAUUAUUAUUAUUAUUAUUGUUAUUAUUAUUAUUAUUAUUAUUAUAAUAUAAUAUUAUUAUUAUUAUUAUUAUUAAGAUUUAUAAAGCGCACAUAUCUCCUGCAGUAGUGCUCAAGGUGCGGACAGCUCAAAAUAGAUGCUUAUUUAUCAUUUAGACAGGCUUCCAUCUAGCAGUGGGCUGACAGUGGCAAAUUUUGAUGAUGAGUUGAGUGCUUAACUUUCUCUUAAUGACUGUAUGAUAAUUCUAUCAAAGAGACUUGGUGCUCUAAGAACUGAUCAUUCAAAUAACAUUUUUCUGAAUAAAAUGUUUACAUAGUUUGAAA